CCACACUCAAGAUGGCAGCUGCCCGGCCACGCCCCAAAAGGCGGAACCGUGGGUCGUGGCUGGAGAGACACUUUUCCCAAAAUGGAGACAGCGGGGGAGAGAAAACGUCCAUCAUAGCUUAGCCCCACCCUCGAAGACGGCUAGGGCCAAUUAGCGACGCGCAGGGCGGGUGCAAGGCCAGGGGAAGAGGCUGCUGUUGCCCCAGCAACAAGCAGGGAGCCCGGAGGCGGGCGCGGCUCGGAGGGAUCUCACUGCUUCAGAUCUCUCACUGCCGGGAAAGUCCUGGGAGAGGGGCGAACCAGGCCUGGGACUUCAGCGCCGGCGGAGAGAGGGACAGGUCAGGCCCAUGAACUCCAAGCCCCACUGCCGCUUUCGCCCCUCCUAACCGUUAAGUGCUCUGAGGGCCAUGGCUGAGGUGCACGUGAUCGGGCAGAUCUUGGGUGCCACAGGUUUCUCGGAAAGUAGCCUCUUCUGCAAGUGGGGCGUCCACACAGGGGCGGCAUGGAAGCUCCUGUCUGGCGUGCGGGAGGGCCAAACACAGGUGGACACCCCCCAAGUAGGGGACAUGGCCUACUGGUCCCACCCCAUCGACCUGCACUUCGCCACCAAAGGCCUCCAAGGCUGGCCCCGGCUCCAUCUCCAGGUGUGGUCCCAGGACAGCUUCGGCCGCUGCCAGCUUGCGGGCUACGGCUUUUGCCACGUGCCCAGCAGUCCAGGCACCCACCAGCUGGACUGCCCCACGUGGCGGCCCCUGGGCAGCUGGCGGGAGCAGCUGGCACGGGCCUUCGUGGGUGGCGGGCCUCAGCUGCUGCAUGGGGAUGCAAUCUACAGUGGGGCGGACCGCUAUCGCCUGCACACAGCCGCCGGUGGCACCGUGCACCUUGAGCUGGGCCUACUGCUGCGCCACUUCGACCGCUAUGGCGUUGAAUGUUGAGGGACCCUGCCUCCGACGGCCAACCCCCAUCCACACCCCUGGACCCAGUGAGGGGCAGGAUGGUACAGUGGUCAGAAGUGUGGGCUCUGGAGACUGUCACACCUGACCCCAGCCAAGGCAUGGCGCAGCUUCUGUCCUGGCUACCACCUCAGCCCAGUGGCUGCCCUCUCAGGUCCAGUUUCCCCAUCUGUAAAACCGGGGCAGUAAGCACGUGGGGUCACAGGGGGAGGGGUGA